AUAUAUUUAAGCUGGAAAAUGAUGACAUUCGUAGUCAUAUUGUUAUUGUAGCAUUAUUGAAGUAAUACAGUUAGCUUUAAAUUAAUUAGAUAUAUUGAACAUGAGGGGGAAUUACAUCAUUUUAUAUAUUUAUAUGAUUCUAUUUAUAUUAUUCAAUGAGAUUAAUGCUAGUGGAAGAACACCAAAAUUUGUAAACGUAGAUGAAGAUGGUAAUUUAAGAGGUGAAACAACAGAUGUUACAAUCUUAAUGAGUUUAAUUUUAACUCAAAUUCAUUGAGAAAUUAUUUUCUUAUUCAGUAAGAUAUUUGAUGAAAAAAAGUAAGUAUAUUCAAAAUGGAUUCGAUUUUUCUGAUCUGGAUCAUCUUUUCAUUCAAUAUUAUCAAAGGUUUUACAACUUGAACUGUUCUACAAGUUAUUGAUUGUAUAUAAUCUAUUACUUAUUUGCGUCUGUUACUCCUCGUGGAGGAGCAUAGGAUACCCACCAGGACAAUAUGUAAUCUAUGCUCAAACGUAUUCAAAUGAUAAUAUGUAGACUUUGUGUGACAAAUCCACGUUGUUUUUUUUGCAAAUUAUAUAUACAUUCCUAAGGAGAGAUGGAUGGUAGCUAGAAGUGAAACUAAAGACGCAUGUUUCGUUCUAUUUGGAACUCGUCAGAUGGAUGCAUAUGCAUCUCAGAGUUGAUGUUCACUCCAGUACCCUUCACUCUAAACGUCAUCACGUUAUUCAGUUAACUAUUGAGUUCAAAUAACCACCAACUUGUGAAGUUUGUUUGUACCUUCGCUACAAUGAUCAAUCUUCUAUUGACAUAUAUGAAUUGUGUGUGGGUCACCUUGAUAUUACAUUCAAUUAAUCUCGAUCCUAAACUUCAAUAAGAAGAUUCAAACAAUCUUUCUACAUUGAAUGAAUGAUUCUGUUUUUUCCUUCGUUUUUUUGAAAAUAGCACUUGUAUAUUGCUAUAGCUAAUGGUAAACAUUUUCAUUAAAUGGACACCUAUUGAGCCGAUGUUAGGAGGUGUACAUAAUUUACAUCCUAUAGAAUAAUCAGAAUUCGAGUGUAUACUGAAAACAAAAACCAAUGGAUAGUCAAAGAAGUGUUUCUAUGGAUAAUAUAGUAAUUUAAUACUUGAAUUCUUGAGUCAAUUGAAGCUAGACCACUAUUGAAAACCUGGAAGCACUGCACGGCCGUUUCGUCAUAUCAUGGAACUCCUGAGCAGUGCGCAUUUACGAUGCCACCGCGCGAAACUGAAACCCAGUAUCUAUCUAUCUUGCGCAAGAACGCUUAACCACUAGAUCACUGAGUCGACAUAAAAUGGUGUUAAUGUCGAACUUCAACUAUUCCACAAAAUUGAGUGACACAUUCAUCAUUGUCUUUAGUGAGUAACCAUCUUCACUGAUCACUGCUUCUCACUAGAACUCCAUGAAAUACAUCUUCAAUCCAGUCACUAAACAUUAGGUUCAGCAUUCGUGUGAGUAUUAUGUCAUACAUUAUAAAUUAUCUAAUCAAUGUUUGUAUUACAUAACUAAGUGUUUUCCCAAUGGUUUAUUGAUAAACAUUCUAUUUCGGGACUAACUUCAUAUAGGGGUUUACAACUAUGAUUCAAUCAUUUUGUUAGUUCUAAAGUUUUGAAAAUGUUUUCAAUUAUGUAUUUCUAUAUUGAAGUAAAGUUUGUGUAAAUGACGAACGUUUGGUAUUGCUAAUCAAAGAUAGAACAGGAAAUAAGGUUAAAGAGAUUCUUUUAAAAAAGGAUAUUUUCAGUUCCUGGAACUUAGGUAUUCAUCAUAGUCUUAUUUGCUUACUUACGACUGUAAUCCCCAAUGAAGGAUAGGCCAUUGUUUUAUCACAGUUUAUAGUGAAUGUAUUUCUGGAGGUCAUAAUGUUGAUAGUCUCUUCAUAUUACACAUACUUAAUUAUGCUACAUUACAUUAUUAGAUACAUUCAAGAUUUGUUCAAGUGUAUCACAUCGGUUCAUUGAUGACAGUCAGUCAAGUUGACAUACCGCAUCAGCACAACCAGAUGAACACCGGAUUUAUAAAAGUAGUUAAUUCAAUGAUGGUAAUAUAUAAAAGAAGGAUUGCAUAAAAGGAUACAGUACAGGAUGAAAGAAUUAGUACGUAGAAAGAAAGAUAUGAAGUGAUUUUAAUCUCAUGGUUGAAGGGAAGAAAGGAAGUAUAUACACCGUAGCCAUUGUCAUCGAUUCUGAGUCAUAUCACCCAGAAUCUUCAACCGUUGGUUACGAUACUCACAUGGACCCCAAACUAGUAGUCUGCAUCUACCAACAUGGCUCAGAUUAGAAGUUAAUGACUUCAAGCACUAAUGCCACGUUUUGGUUUGUUCGUUCCUAACUUUCUUCCAACCAUCCCCAAAACCGGUUUGCAUUGCGCUAUUAUUAUUUGACUUAAAUCUUCCAAAGUUAGAGCGUUGAACGUUAUUUCUGGCUUAUUAAGUAAACCUUUUAAUAACUAGAAUGAUAAUUGAGAGGAAUUAACAAAAAAAUCUUAGUUAACGAAAUAUGAUAUUUCAAUACUUAUUCAACUAUUUCACUGAAUCAUUGAUCAAGUAUCCAUGGUGAGACUAUAAUUUAUAGACAACCUUUGAGCAACGCUAACAUGACCUUGAAAAUGUUCACCUAGUAAUUAGGACUAAACAAGGGUUAUAAAGAAAUGUGAGGAAUUAGACUUAUGAUUUACUGUUGAUGAUUAGGAUUAGAAAUUCGAUUUCAGAUUUUCAUUACGAACUGACAUCAGCUAUCAUGUCAAAUAGCAUAAAAGUUCAUUUUCUUGUUGUUAUAUUAUCAGUUUCUUUUUCUAUAGAUUGUAGAAUCUUCGUUGUUAAGUGACAAACUGAUCUUAACCAGGCCAAUAUUGAAAAUGAGAGAGGAGAAGGUAGAUGUUUCAGUUUAGUAUAGGAUUCCUAAGUAGUACAUAUCCAUGACCCUACCAGUAAUCAAUCUCAGGACUAUUAUUAAUGUUCAGUUCAUACCAUCUCUAUAUUUGAUGGUGAAUCGUGUAUUUAUUAUACUGUGAUAUAGUCUAUGUAUUAUAUUUGGCAUCAACUGAGUAUUCAGUUAAGCGGUAACAGAGUCUCGGUUAACGGUCCUAUAACCGUAUAAUAGUAGUAGAAUGAAGUAAACCAUAGAAUAUAGUUUUAUUCUCCUGUUAUAUGACAAUAAUGAAUAGAUAGCAAAUUAAUCGAUAAAAUUUGAUUAGAUAGUUUGAUGAGACUAUAAUUGAUGGAUGACCUCUGAGCGACUCCAGACUGACCUUGACAGUAUCCACCUAGUAACUAAGACUAAAGGAAAGUUAUAAACCAUUUUGAGGAAUGAUAAUUGUAAUUUUCAAUUGAUGAUGAGAGUUAGAAAUUAGAUUUCGCCGUUCUCAUCAUGAAUUGACAACAGCUGAAUGAACCAAUGAAUUUCGCGCCAAAAUUCCAUGACCUCUAAUCUUAAAUUUGAUUGGUUCAUCCAUAAAUUAUAGUCUCAUUAUAUCUAUUUUAUAUUGAAUUUAUUAUUUAACUUCACUAUUAAACUGAUUUCUAUUUGAAGUACACUGUUUUAUCAAUUAUGGUAUUUAUUAAAACAAGGAUUGGGGUUACCAUGACAACUUAGAAAAAUCAAUAAAAUCACUUUUGUUUCUAUGACAUUUUAUUAUUCUUUUUUUUUCGUUUUUUUUCUUUUUAUCUUUUUCUUUAUUUUUAUUUUCAUCAAGAUAUGAAUUUUGUGCAAAUGGAUUAUUAUUUUUAUCAGUCAAAUUGAUUUUGACAAGAUUCUUUCGAUGAUAAUCAGUUUUGUUUUGUUCUAUUCUGUUGAAAUUGAAUCAUCAUUAAAGUAAUUUCAUUUUGGUAA